CAUUUGUUCUUCUUUGCCGUUUCAGUUGAGCAACCUAGGGUUUUGAAAAGCUUUUUUCGUCUCUCUCUGCCCAAAGUUCCUCUCUCUCUGUCUGUCUCUCUCUCGAUCGGAAUUAUCUGAAGAAUGCUGGUGAAAAUUGUUGACACAUUGAUGAAUUAGGUAUUAAUUAUGCGAUUUUGAAUGCGUUAUCAUUGAAUUUUUCAUCGGAAUAUGAUCUUUGGUGUCACAGUUUCAGGUGUUGAAUGGUGAAAGGUAAUCUCUUUGAUGCCAUUAAGCUUUUAGAUCCUUUCCUUGUGCUGUUUCUGUAAAUUUAGUUUCUGAGGAAAUUUAGGGAAUAUGGGUUGAAGAUUUUAGUUGUCUUUGUGCUGCAUAUUUUUUGGUGGGUUUUUGUGUUUUACUUGGUAUUUCUGGUCUUCGUGGCCAAUGGGUUGUAGUGAUAUUUGGGUUUUAUGAAGAAUUGAAGUUUUUGUUUGGAGUUUUAAAGGAUGAAGAGAUCAAAAAAUGAACUUCCUGGUGCAAGGAGGUUCAAACUGUCACAUUUGUUGUUGGUUAUAGCUGCAGUGUACUUGAUUUUUAUAUCCUUCAAGUUUCCCCAAUUUUUGGAGAUUACUUCAGUGUUGAGUGGUGAUGAUACUUAUGUGGGUAUGGAUGGAAGCUCAGUCGGGGACGCAAUAAAAGGAGACUUGAGCAAACCAUUUUUUAAUACUGCUUAUAAGGAUACAUUUCACAGGAGAUUAGAAGAUAAUGAAAACCAAAAUGCGCCUUUGAUGAUACGGGAGGAACCAUUAGAAGAGGCGAAAGGAGAAUCGCAGCCAAUAAAGCCUCUUCAGCAUCGUUAUGGUCGAAUAACCGGUGAAAUUAUGAAGCGGAGGAAUAAGACUAUUGGUUUGUCGGUAUUGGAAAUAAUGGCAGAUGAGGCUUGGACGUUAGGCUUGAAGGCAUGGGGAGAAGUGGAAAAUUUUGAUGAUGAAAAUGAUCUAAGCCAGAGUUCUAUACUUGCGGGAAAGCCCGAGUCUUGUCCAUCAUGGUUAUCGUUGAGUGGUAAAGAAUUAGCUAGGGGAGACAGUAUUAUGUUUCUUCCUUGUGGGCUGGCAGCAGGUUCUUCUAUCACAGUGGUGGGAACACCCCAUUAUGCACAUCAUGAGUAUGUGCAGAAAGCUCAAAGAUUGAAGAAGGGGGAUAUGAGGAGGGGGGAUACGAAGGGGGUUGUCUUGGUCCCAGUUUCACAAUUUAUGGUUGAAUUGCAAGGGCUUAAGUCAGUGGUUGGGGAGGACCCACCAAAGAUUCUGCAUCUGAAUCCUCGAUUGCGAGGAGAUUGGAGCCAACAACCAGUCAUUGAGCACAAUACCUGCUAUAGAAUGCAAUGGGGGACGGCUCAAAGAUGUGAUGGUUUACCAUCCAAGAACGAAGAUGACAUGCUCGUUGAUGGACAUGUGAGAUGUGAAAAAUGGAUGCGGAACGAUAUUGUAGAUUCAAAAGAGUCCAAGACAACUUCAUGGUUUAAGCGAUUCAUAGGUCGUUCACAGAAGCCAGAAGUGACCUGGCCAUUUGCUUUUGUGGAGGGUAGAUUGUUUGUCCUGACCGUGCGUGCUGGUGUUGAUGGAUACCAUCUUAUUGUUGGGGGUCGACACGUGACUUCAUUUCCAUAUCGAACGGGGUUUACACUUGAAGAUGCAACAGGAUUGGCAAUUAAAGGUGAUGUGGAUGUUCAUUCGAUUUAUGCUACCUCUCUCCCAGCCUCUCAUCCGAGCUUCUCACCCCAAAGAGUAUUAGAAAUGUCUCCACAGUGGAAAGCUCUUCCAUUGCCCAAAAAUCCUGUUCGACUUUUUGUUGGGGUCCUUUCUGCAACCAAUCACUUCGCAGAACGCAUGGCAGUUAGAAAAACAUGGAUGCAAUCUUCAGCCAUCAAGUCCUCAAAUGUUGUUGUUCGUUUCUUUGUUGCAUUGAAUCCGAGGAAGGAGGUGAAUGCAGUUCUAAAGAAAGAAGCUGCUUACUUUGGUGAUAUUGUUAUUAUACCAUUUAUGGACCGCUACGAGCUUGUGGUUCUGAAAACUAUUGCCAUCUGUGACUAUGGGAUUCAAAAUGUGUCGGCUGCUUACAUAAUGAAAUGUGAUGAUGAUACAUUUGCUAGGGUGGACACUGUCUUGAAAGAAAUUGAAGGCGUCUCUCCUAAACGUUCCCUCUAUAUGGGCAAUCUCAACCUCUUGCAUCGGCCCCUUAGAAGUGGGAAAUGGGCAGUGACUUACGAGGAGUGGCCAGAAUCAGUAUACCCACCUUACGCCAAUGGUCCUGGUUACAUAAUAUCGAGUGAUAUUGCUAAAUUCGUUGUCUCUCAACACGUCAAUCGACGCCUACGGUUGUUCAAGAUGGAGGAUGUGAGUAUGGGAAUGUGGGUCGAGCAGUUCAACAGCUCCACGCCUGUCCAGUACUCCCACAACUGGAAAUUCUGUCAGUAUGGUUGUAUGGAGGAUUAUUUCACUGCACAUUACCAAUCCCCGAGACAGAUGAUUUGCCUGUGGGACAAUUUGGCUAGGGGUCGAGCUCAUUGCUGUAACUUCCGAUGACAGAAACAGAAGCCGUAAUUCUGGGAUAACCUUAACCUGUUGUUCCGCUUUGAUUUGCUCAAAAUUUCACCCAAUCGUUGAUUUGUACCCACAGCCAGUGUUUGAAGAUGCGAACCGGGUUGCAGUUUUUUCGAGUCAUGGAGGGGGAUUGAGGGUCCUUACCUUAAUCCUUUGAAGUUGUACAAUUAAAAAUGUAUAUGAUUCAUUCAACACAUUUGUGAAGCAAGGAAAGCAUUUUCACUUGCAGUUGUUGAAUACUUUAACAAGGUGUGAAAAGGGCUAGGGUUAAAAAUACUAGUGCAUUAUCAAUGAAUGGAAGUGAGAUAGCUUGUCUCUCCCAGUUUUUGUUUGCAUGUAUUCUAUUUUUCACUAUACUCAUUGAAAAACUACCAUGAAUUGGAAAAUUUAUGUUUGUGGAUAUUCACUUUU